CUGUGUUUAUUUCCCAACAUUGUUGGAUUCUGUCUAUUUUUUUAUUUUGAUUUCUCUUUCUUCGUGUCUGCAUAUCCCCACAUUUCACUCCAGUCCUGUUUUAUUUCAUCAUCCGGUAAAUUGAAAUUUAAUAUCUUAUGAAAGCAUAAGUAAUAGGAGUACUAUAACUAACAAGUCACUCGCUUUCUUUCUAAACUUUCUCGAUCAAGAGAAAUUCAAUUCAAUGCAGAUUGAAGAACAAAGUCAUCUGUUUACUUUAGGCCGUUCACGGAAGUUUCGUUCAGAGUGCAGUAUGAACUGGUGGAAGAUUCCUACUACAAAUCUUUCAUGGCAGCCAUAACUGACAUGUCAUCUAGCUGGUUGGUCUACAAUCUGUCCUCAAAGAAGGUGGGAAACGUGGAGGUGGAGCUUCCGGAUACGGAUGUGAUUGAAGCUUUCUAUGUCGGCAACACUCAUACCACAAGCACUAGUUGGGUCUUCUACGUAUGCCUUCGUCAUAUGGUUAAUUAUACGACUAGUGGUGUUCGAUAUGCCAAGGUCGAAGUUGUGCAAGGCAAGGACGGGGAUUACAUUGCUACUGUGCAGAUGAAUGGUGUCCUGAGAGUGCGUCCCUUUUCAGAUAUGCAUAUGUUUGGUUUCAAAGCAAGGUCUAAGAGAGAUGCGGAGGAACAACCACUGGAGAAGAAAGGGAAAGAGAAGAUGAUGAGAAUUGAGUGAAAGCCUGCUGCUGGGAACUAUAUAUGUACAGACUUAUUUUCGUGUUGUUUAAAUCAGAGAAUGAAUAAUUAUGUGUCUCAAUGAUCAAGAGCAAACUCAAUUAUGAUAAGAAUAUGACUCUCUUUGAAUUUGAAAUUAACUAUUGAGUGAAAAAGAAAAUUUGAUUGCUAUGUCCUUAA